AUGGGCAACUCAGAGGUCUUGAAAUGCCAAAACUGCCAAAUUCCUUUGGAAUUGGAUAGCUCUCUGAUGGAUUUGAGUCUCGCCCAAAGAAAUCUAUUAGUGAGUGCAUCAACUCAACCCAUCAUGCCAGCUGUGCAGAUCCCAGCUGCUCGGCUGAAAAGACUCGAAAGUGUAAGAAAAGCGGGUGACAUAAACUUCCAACAGUCAGUUCUAAAUAAUCAGGAAUCAUACGUUUUCCUGAAUGGGGACUCUAGUCAACUUCAAACUACUACUCGCCUGGAUGGGGACUCAGGAGAUGAAGACGAGGAUGACCUCACUUCUAAGACUUUAAGCUCCAGAAUUAGUACGCUGACCAAUAUAUUCAACAUCUUGUCUUCCAAGACUAACAUUGAAUAUCCUGUGUGUCAGGAUUGUUGUGACCUUCUUGUUCAGAAGCUCAAGAACGAGUACGAGGACGCUUUGAAAGAACGAGACACGUAUGCUGAGUUUCUGGCAAGGCUCAAUCGACAACGGGAACUAGACCAUGACAUGGGCCACGCUCCUGGUCAAACUUCGUUUGAAGACGAACGGAAGGCAGCUGAAAGGGAGGACGAACAACUAUUACAGAAACUAAAGAAACUGGAAGACACGGAGGCCGAGCUUGAUGUUCGCAUUGAAAAACUAGAACAAGAGCUGGCCCUGAAAAAGGAGCGUGAAGCUGAAGAUCUGAGGCGUAGGAACAGUCGGGAUUUGGAGAAACUGCAGUUCUCCAAAGAGUUACAAUCGUUGAAAAAUCAGUACGAAUAUACAUUGAACAGCCUAGACAGGCUGCGAAAGACCAACGUUUUCAACGAAACGUUCAGAAUAUCACACGACGGCCCCUUUGGAACCAUAAACGGACUCCGACUGGGAGGGCUCGACGACACCCCUGUACCAUGUCAGGAAACGAACGCAGCCUUUGGCCAAUUGAUUCUUCUACUAGCCACCAUGUGCGCUCGUCUGAAGUUUAAACCAGCGGGUUAUAUCUUGCGACCCAUGGGGUCAUACUCCAGAAUCGAGCAAUUUGACCCUGCUACGCAAGAAUGGAACAGCUGCGAAGCCUUUAACAGUGGUGGAUUCAAACUGGGCAAAUUUUUCCAUAAGGAGACCAGUUUCGACCGAGCUAUGGUCUCAAUCAUGGAUGUAAUUUCCCAGAUCACCGCGAAUCUGUCGCUAGGACGGCAGGUAGACUCCGAAGAAAUAGAAUUGCCCUACACUAUGCAUGGCGAUAAAAUCAAUGGCAUGGCUAUAAAGUUAUAUGGCAACAAGCCAGGCGCAGAAUGGACCACAGCUUGUAAGUUUCUUCUAACUAAUGCGAAGUGGUUGCUAGCAUUUUCUUCCGUUUGA